AUGGCCAGCAGAAGAAGGGCGUAUCCACAGCCCCACUACAAUCCGGCAGCACCGCUCCAGGAACAGCCCCAGCUGUACUCCCAGCAACCACAACAACAACAAUUUCAACAACCUCUCCAACAGGCACCUCCACAGGCGCCUCCACAGGACCAAUUUGUUAACCAGUUUUCCCAGCUCAACAUCAACAACCAGUACCAGUACCAGCAGCAGCAACAACAGCAACAACAGCAACAACAGCAACAACAACAACAUCCACAACAACAACAACCUCCUUUCCAGCACCAGACCCCCUUUGGCUAUCCUCCUCAACCUUAUAAUGACCAGAGAAUCGCCCCUGGUAUGGUCCCACAACAACCGGUUCAACCUCUUCAACCACUCCAGCCAAUGGUGGCCGAGCAAUCGGCUCCAAUGAACCAGCUCUACUCAACUGAUUUGUUGAGAGAUUUACCACCACCUAUAAUUGAUUUACAAUUCCCUCCGCCUCCUAUUAAUUUACCUCCUAAUUCUACACUCACAGAUUCUUUAGAAUCAAAUGCUUCGAGUGACUAUAUCAGAUCAACUUUGAAUGUUGUUCCCCGUACAAACUCCAUUCUUAAAAAAUCAAAAUUGCCAUUUGCCUUGACUAUUAGACCUUAUCAAUCAUUAACAGAUGAAGAAUCCCCAAUACCUAUAGUUAACGAUGGUGUCAUCACCAGAUGUAGAAGAUGCCGUUCUUAUAUCAAUCCCUUUGUUGAACUUAGACAAGAUGGAUUGAAAUGGAAAUGUAACUUUUGUGCCUUAUUGAAUGAUUUACCAUCUUCUCUAAAAUCAAAUUCAGUUAAUAAUAGAUACGAGUUGAAUAAUGGAGUUGUUGAAUUUUUGGCAACGCCAGAAUAUAUGGUUAGAGCUCCUCAAGCGUUGAAUUUGAUUUUCCUUAUUGAUGUUACUAAAAAUACAAUUCAAAAUGGUUUAUUAUCUACAUCAAUUAGAACAAUAUUGGAUUCCUUAGAUCGGAUUCCUAAUGAUCAAGGUAGAGUCAAUGUUGGAUUUAUUGCAGUUGAUAAGAGAUUGACAUAUUUUUCAAUUCCUAAUGAUUCCGAAUCCAAUUCUAAUCCUAAUAAGGACAUUUCAAUGAUGGUCAUAACACCAGAUAAUGAUGAAGAUAAUUUGAUUAUUCCAUCACCUGAUGAUUUGUUAGUUAAUUUGAAAAAUUCAAGAUUGAAUAUUGAGAAAUUAUUGAAUAAUUUUACAUCGUUUUUCUUGGAUAAUCAAUCAACCGAUUUUGAUUUGUCUAGUGGGUUGAAAUCGGGAUUUUCAUUGUUGGAAAAAAUAGGUGGUAAGAUGAUUGUUAUAUCUUCUACCAUGCCUAAUUUAGGUAAGGGUAAAUUAACAAUUAGGGAUGAGGUAUCUGUAUCAGGUAAAGCCAAGGAAUCAACAACUCUAUUGACAUCCAAUAAUUCCUUUUAUAAAUCAUUUGCAGUUGACUGUAAUAAAUCCCAAAUCACUGUUGAUAUGUUUCUUGCAAGUUCAUCAUAUCAAGAUGUUGCAACAUUGUCCAAUUUACCAAAGUUCACUGCAGGUCAAACACAUUUUUAUCCUGCUUGGAAUGCAUCAAAUUUGGAAGAUAUCACCAAAUUUAAUAAGGAAUUAUCAAAUCAUUUAUCAAUGGAAAUCAAUUUGGAAGCUGUUAUGAGGGUUAGAUGCUCAGAUGGUAUUAAAUGUCAAUCAUAUUUUGGUAAUUUUUUCUCAAGAUCUAGUGAUUUAUUAUCGUUCCCAUCAUUUCCAAGAGAUCAAUCAUAUGUUGUUGAAUUAAAUAUUGAUAAUGAUAUUAGAAGAAAUGUUGUUUAUUUCCAAACUGCAGUAUUACAUACUUCAACACAUGGUGAUAGAAGAAUUAGGGUUAUUACAUUAGCGUUACCAGUUUCUAAAGAAUUGAAGGAUAUUUAUGCAAGUGCAGAUCAAUUAUCCAUUACUAAUUAUUAUUCACAUUUAGCAAUUGAAAAGACUCUAAAUAAUUCCUUAGAUUCUGCUAGAGAUUAUUUGAAUAAAGUAAUAAUUGAUAUCUUAUUAGUUUAUAAGAAGGAAAUUGUUGCAGGUAAUGUUGGUUCAUCAUCACCAUUACAAAUUUCUACAAAUUUAAGGAUGUUACCAUUAUUAUUACAAUCGUUAAUUAAAAAUAUAUCAUUUAGACAAGGUACAGUACCAAGUGAUCAUAGAUCGUCUGCCUUAAAUAAGUUGGCCACUUUACCUAUAAAGGAAUUAAUUCAAUUUAUUUAUCCAUCAAUUUAUUCAUUACAUGACAUGGAUGAUGAAUGUGGAUUACCAUAUGAAGGUGAAGAUAAUUAUGAUGAAAUUAUACCUAAAAUUCAUGGUGAGAUUAUUUUACCGGAAUGUAUCAAUGCUACAUUUCAAUCAUUACAAAAGUUUGGACUUUAUUUGAUUCAAACAAUUAAUGAAUUAUUUCUUUAUGUUGGAGGUGAUGCAUUACCUGCAUUAGCACAAGAUGUAUUUGGCGUUAAUUCUGUCAAUGAAAUCCAACCUGGUAAAUUUGAGUUACCUGAAUUGGACAAUGAUAUGAAUAUUCGUGUUCGUAAUAUCAUCAACAAAGCCAGACAAGGUAAGGGUUCGAUUAGAUACGAGAAUAUAUACAUUGUUAUUGGUCCUUCGAGCAACGAGAGGGGGGUUGGUGGUAUGGAAAUGAAUAGGGACUUGAUUGCCUUGAGAAUGUGGUGUAUGAGUGCCCUUGUUGAGGACAGAACUGCCAACAUGUUAGGGUACAGGGAAUUUUUGAGUCAACUAAAGGAUAAGAUCAAUGCAUAA